AUGCAACAAAAAGCACCAAAGGAAGUAAAUGCGGCCCUUCUCAGAGCUCGCAAGACGAUUUCGAGGAAUGCUGAGAGUGCUGUCAUUAAUACUAUCAUCUGUAUUUUCAUCCGACAACUUGAUGGUUCAGCGACAUUUAGAAAGUCGAAGAAGACGAAGAACACGAUCAAGAUGACGAUUCCCGAGACUCUUCGAAUAGGUGGUGAGUGUUAUGACAACAGUAAAAUAGCAUCACUGAAUGACAACUUGAUGAGAGAAGUAAUUGGAGAAGAGCCUUUUAAUAUCUCAAAGAUGAACGACAAGAACUAUACCCGAUCGAAAGAAGCGCGGACUAACAAUGGUCUGAUCUAUUUGAUCAAGUCAUUUGGAUAUGACUUUGUUAUUCGACAAACAAAGAAAGCAAAACUGACCGAAAGAUUCAUUAAAAUCACUUCGAUUAAGACACCCCUUGGGGUCGUUGUCGAUCUUAAUAGACUCAUUGAAAUCGGAAUCGCCUUUGAAAAGCUCGUGGAAGACUCCUUCGGCAGAGAACAAACGUGUGAAAUAGGAUUCGACCAGGUCGCACAACUCGAUGUCCCAGAAUUCCCACCUUGUUGUAAUGAGGUUAGCUGUCCUUCUAUACGAAGCGACUCGGUACUGACAAACACGUGUGGUACUACCAACUCUUGUAACUCAGACCAAAUGAACCAAUUCAUACAAAAUAGUGUACAAUAUAUAGGUAGUGGUGAUGUCCCAAACGAGGUGUAUGGACAAAUACAAAUGCCUUAUUACCAGAAUGCUCAGCCUGUUUACCAGCAAGUCUUCCAGUACAAUGGGCAACUCUAUUUCUGCCCCAUGUCUUUAUAA